UGCUGGUAACAAAUUGAGAUAAUAGAUGAAUGGAAUAGUUUUAUCUUUGGUUUUAUGUCAGCUACAAUUUAUUUGAAGUUAUCAUUGAUUUCUACAAAUGCGGCAUUUUCUUUUUAUUAAAUUUUAAAUAAAAUCUUGACAAUUUUUGUUCUUCACUUUUUUACUUCUAAAGCUGCGCAAAAUGUUUCGUGAUUUAUAUAAGCAGAGUGGGAAAUGUAAAAUUGAGUUACAAGAAGAGAGGCGGUGCAGAUUGCUAGAGGAGCAAAAGCGAAGACGUAUGAUAUUACAAGAUUCACAAAGAGAUAUAUUAACAUAUAAAGUUAUCGAAAGCAGUAAAAUAAAUUCCAAGCAGUUACAAGAUGCAUAUGGCUCCACAUAUUCGGUGCAACUGUCUGAAUGGUUGCGGGAAAGUCCCGAGAAUUUAUGUGACUGGGUGAUGGUCCCUUGUCCAAAGGGACAACGUUGCUUAAUUGUCGCUGAAAAUGGUCGAACAGAGAUGUAUACUAAGUCAGGACGACGACGUAUGACAUUUCGUACACUAUUGCCAGGUGACAAUGGACCGCGUAGUAAUAAAAUGUGCACAAUACUUGAUUGCAUUUUCUCAGACGACAAAAAUGCGUUUUACGUAUUGGACGCAAUCGUUUAUGGGAAUCAAGAGCUUGUACAUUGUGAAGCACAGUUUCGGUUCUUUUGGUUGCGUUCAAAGUUUGACGAGUGUCCGGAUCUUCAUGAUUAUAGCGUAUUAAAUGAAAAACCGCUGAAAUUCCUAGAGCGAUUUGACGCUGAAAGAAUUGCUAAUGUUACAGAGGCGUUACAACGCUAUCCCUUUUGGCCUGACAACAAUCCGGAACUUGACGGUUGGUUAUUCUAUCAUAAGGAAUCAAGUUACACUUGCGGCAGCACUCCAUUAGUUGGCUGGCUUUUUACAUUUAUGAUACCUGAUGUUCUUGGAAUACCUGUUAACCAAAGUUACGAAAAACCAAGUAAUUAUAUUGAGCCUAUCUCUUUCAUGGAAGAGUUUGAUGAGAAACUAGCUAAUAUAAGAAGGAAACAGAGGCGGAAAAGCUAUAAUCCCGGGGAAAUGGAAAUUUUAGAAUCGUGUGAUACUGAGAGAGAACAACCUGGCGAAACAGCUAAUAAUGAUUUAUUAAGCACUGAAUGUAUAUUAGAAAUUGAUAAGCCAGUUGAACGUUUCUUAUGUGAUUAAGAGGUUGACAAAUAUAUUUACAUAAUAUUUAUAAAAUCU